CACACAACAGAAAGUUUUGAGGCCAGGCGAGCAGUGGGAUACCGACGGAUAGGAAGUGACGGGAGUGCAUGAAUUGCAGAGGGAGGAAAAAAAAAAAAAAGAAGACGGGAAUAUCAACACAAAGCAGAAUGAGAAGCAACGUGCGAUCAUCGGACUGCUGGCAGUAGUGCGGUGGAAACUGAAUUGCGCAUGAUCUUAUCACCGGAGAGAGAGAGAGAAAGAGAGAGACUUUCAAUGGAGGUGAACUAAACUCCCAGAAGUGAAAAGCAGAGAUUUUAGUUAAGGGGAUUGGCGUCUGAUUUCCAUGACUGUGCUUGUAAUUCUGGAAAGUGCUGGCACACAGGGGACCGUAUGGAACUUGCGACCUGUAAACUAUAACCCCGGUUUGAAUAUGAAGGGAAAGACUUCACGGGAAAUCCACCAAAAUAGUUAGAGGAUAUGAACGCAGAUCUGGAUUUCACCUCGAUUUUUUCCUCUGUCGGGUUCAGUUUUGCGUCUUUGGGGAUGUUUGCGAGUUGCAUCUGUGCGGCUUCAGUUCGGAUACUGACCCGUCUCUGCGCCCUGGUGCUGGUAGUCGCUUUGGGACUCGGUUCAGAGCUGCGGGUCCGGGUCCGGCUCUCUGACGGACUGGUGACCGAGGAGGUUUUGGAGGCGGACAGUGAGAGAGACUCGAUAUCUCUCGAAUUCAAGCAGGGAGAUGGGACACUCAUCACUUUUGUGGCGGACUUUAAACAGGAUGUGAAGAUAUUUCGAGCGCUGAUCCUGGGCGAGCUGGAAAGAGGGCAGAACCAGUACCAGGCCCUGUGCUUCAUCUCUCGCCUCAACCGCAAUGAGAUCAUCCCCAGUGAGUCUAUGGCUCGUCUCAGACAGAAAAAUCCUCAGGCCAUUCGCUUGGCAGAGGAGCGGAGAGGAUUGGAGCAGCUGACGAUGAGCGCGGCCGUCAAUCUGAGUCGGGCCUUGCAGCUCAGCUCCCACAUUCACAACAUGUGCAGCGAGGCCCGAGAGGCCAUCUACACCAGGGAGGCAGAUGUCAAACACUGGCUGGACAAAGGAGUGGACGGCUCCAUAUUUGAGGUCCUGCCCCAAACAACAGAGGUGCCCAGCUUUCAGGCCUGUCACUCUACUAAAGACUUGUGGCAGCCCUGUCUCUGCACAUACAGCCUGCGUCUGGAGUGGUAUCCGUGUCUGUUGAAAUACUGCCGCAGCCGGGACACCACAGGCAAAGGGUCUACCUACAAGUGUGGCAUAAAGAGCUGCAGCAAGGGCUACCAUUUCACCUACUAUGUUCCCCAAAAACAGCUCUGUUUAUGGGAUGAGGAGACCUAGCAUUUUGUUCUGGAAGGUUAAGAAAAGAGAAAUGCAUUUUUUUUUUUCCCAGCCAAGCCAAUGCUUCUCCACCCAUGCUAUUCAAAGUAAUCACAAUAACACUGGACCUCAAUUUAUAUGAUGACGAGUGAAGCUGUCUCAGGUGGGGAGUGGUGAGAUCCAGAUGUUCAAGCUGAAACAGAAAUGAAUUCAGGUUCCAAAUGAGACCAAAACCUUUAAGGAAGGAGGGAUGCACAUCGUUCUAAGGAGACCCACAAACUUUAAACCUGUCCUGGGAAAAUUACAUAUCAUUGUCAGCUAUAAUGUGACUUUGCCAAGAAACUGUCACUUUUGUGCCUUUUUUGGAGAAAUGAUUGGAGCAGAUGACAGAGACCAACAACAAUAACCUCUCAAACAAGCUACAGUAUGCACAAAGCUGGACAGUGCAUUUCUGGUCAAUUAAACACCAGCAGAGGAACAACGGAGUCCCACUCUAAUCUUCCAUCCUGGUGAAGGAAAAUUUGGAUGGUUGGAUUUAUCUUUAUUCUAAAGGUCUGUGAAAAGCAGUUUAUUGCCAGCUCAGCUAAAUGCCUGUUUAUUUCAAAGUAAGCUGGCUGACAAGGAAAAUGCUUCACCAAUGCUGGCUUUAUUUAUUUUAGUUGCAAAGUGAAAUUAUGGAGGACUAUUUUUGUAUAAUUUUGUUAAAAAUAAUCUCAUCAGUUUUCUCUCCUUUUUCAAUUUAACAAGCUCUUAAAUUUACAUGUCUAUACAACAGGUCCUCAGUAAGUAACAAGAAGUAUUGAAACAAAUUUCCGAAGAUUUUAACCUCUUGGAUUUUGGAUGUUGUAUCUAGACUCAUCCAUAUGUCAUCCUACUUUGUUGCUACGUUUUCAUGGUUGUACACGCUGUGUGGAUAAACAGGUUUAUUAACGUAUUUAAUAGGACAGUUUUAGGUCUGCUUCGUCUCAUCAUGCCCACCACUCACAUUUUCAGUCUGUUUUUAAGUGUUAAAUAAACCAAAGUCAGAAGAAAUACCAUUAAAGAAGAAGUUUAAGUUUCUAGAAACAGGCUCUUCAUUAUGGUGAUUUUCCAUGUUAGGACUCACUAAAACUGCAGUGUAGCCUUUUAAUAAUCUAUACUGCCAUCUUCUGGUUAUACAGUGCCUCAGUUUCUUGUGUUUUCUAUGUUAUCCCAGUGCCAGAAUUCUGGUUUUUGAUCUUCUAUUUUGUCUGUUAAUGCCAACAGUUAAAUGUUUAUAAUUUAUGCAUCUCAAAUCUCUGAUCAUUUACAAGCAUAAUUUAAGGAGCACUUCUUGAACUUGUGGGACCAAAUUUCAUCUUGUCUGUCCGUUCCAUGAGGCAAUAGAUUACAGAAUGAUUUUGGUUUGUUUUUACGUCCAUCUUCUUUUCAGAUUUUACUGCCAUAUCAAAAGUUCAUUUUGUGUUUUGUGUGUUGGUAUGUCCUGCUAACUAAAGAACCAAAUGAGUGAAACAUUUCUAUUUGUGGCCUUUUCUGGUGAUCAAGUGCCUUAACAUUUCCACUGAUAUCUUUGCUAUGUAAUUGUAGAUUGAGUUGUUAAACAUAUUUUUUCUAUGAAAGAGUUUGGAAUAUUCUGUUAAAAAAAAAAAACAAAAGUUGCCAUAAGGAGAAAAUGAAGCAAUUAGGUAAUGUACCAUUUAAGAGUUGUUUUACAUGAAUUGUUUCAAUAAAGUCUUUCUUUGCACUGCA